AUGGAAGAUUUGUUCGAAAGGCAUCCGAUAAUAGGUGAUGGUAAUUGUUUGUUUCGAGCGAUUAGUUUGUAUUUAUACGGCACUCAAGAUCAUCACAUGCUUUUGAGGUACAAAGCAGUGGCGUAUCUACGUGAACAUUGGAAAGACGUUAAAAAUCAUUUGGUCAUUGAUAGAGAAAGACUGAGAGACGAAGACAGGUAUUGUCGAGAAAUGGAAACUUACGGAACUUAUGGAACGUCCGUUGAAUGUUUUGCACUGUCCGAAUUAUAUCUAGGAGAAGGUAUAGUCAUACGAUAUAUUUACAAUUAUUGGGAAAUCCCGAAAAUGGUCAUUUCGAACUAUUGA